ACGAAUGUAAAACGUCAAACGCCAUUAUAGUAGAGAAGUGUUGUGGAAGUGAUUGUCAAUUAUGUAUAUGUAUAAAUGAAAAUGCAUUUAACCACACUUUUAAGAACAGUUUUAUUCAAAGGCACUUUUAAAAUACCAAGAAAAACUAUCACGACUUCCUCAAAGAUGAUGCAAGAAGUUGUGGAAGAUUUGAAAAAAAAUAACCCUUAUUUUGACAAAUAUUCUUCAAAAAUCGCCAAGUUAGGAAAAGAAGAUCCCACAGAGUUCAAAGCGAGAGUUGAGGGCCUCGGCAAGAAAAAACUACAAAAAGUUGAACUAAUCAAUGAAAGGCCCUACUCUAAUUUGUUGAAUCCGAAGAAGAACAUUGUUGAACCUAGUCUUGUAAAAAAAGAGGCUCUGGAUAAAAUUAUGAAAAUUGAUUUGAUCAAAGACAAAAGCUCUGUUGAAAUUGAAACUAUUUGGAAACAGUACCAUCUUCAAAAAGAUAAUUGUAUAGCAGCUACUAUUCCUAGUGCUGACUUUGAUAAGCUAUAUCAGAAUGGUAAAAACUACCCAACUUUUGUUUUUGCAUUACCUCGUAGUCAGGGUUAUGAAUUCAUAAUGUGUCAGUUUUCUUCAAACACAGUUCAUUUCACUCCUCUUCUUUACUACCAAGUACACAAGGAAAAUGCUCCUGAAUGUCUUACGAUUACUCAUUUUGAUGAGUUUAAGGAAAGCAAAGAAAUUGUUUUGAUGAGAGGAGAAUUUGAUAAAAACAUUAUAAACGCUGUUGAAGCCCAGUGUCUUGCAAACCAACUACAACUGUAUUAUAUUCAAGAAGAUCCCAAUAAGCGAAAAUUGUUGGAAGUAUUCACGAAGAAACCUGAUGAAUUCAAUCAUACUGAUCUUAUUAGCCAAAUUGAAACGUUAUCACUGAAUUAACUCAUUGAUUGGAUAGUUACUUGUAUCGAGUUCAUUCAUCUCAGCAGCUUUGAACUACUUGAAAGGAAUGAGCAUUCAUCCUUUGUUAAGUCAAACUUGCAUAGUAAUAAUUUCUAUUCUUCACACUUGAAUAACAUCAUCGCAUUCUCUAUUGUAAUGAAAUGUUGUGAAGCAAUGUAAAUAUUCUAUAAUACUUUUUAAUGUAUAUAUCGUAUUUAAUAAAAAUGUUAGUUGAUAACAA